AUCGCAUGGUGUGUUGAGUGGAGGUUUAGAUUUAGCAGAACGUGGAGUUGUAAUUUCCUGCCAAUGGUCAGGAUGUCGUCCGUUUCUCGUAGCCAUCGCCAACAGUGUUAUCUGUGCGACCUACCGCGAAUGCCAUGGGCGAUGUUGCACGAUUUUUCAGAACCUGUGUGUAGAGGCUGUGUGAAUUAUGAAGGUGCCGACCGAAUUGAAAUAAUACUGGACAAUGCUCGGCAAAUGAAAAGAGCACACAGUUUUCAGGAAAAUCCGAGGCAGCAGCCUCCUUUCAAAACAGCAAGCGGGUCCCAAAGGACCGCUGCUUCCGCCCACGAUAGUGGCAUCAAUGGUGCCGCUGAGGGAAUACUUACGCCCCCGCACAGCGUACCCGGUACGCCCCACUCAACUGUCUCCCGUUCCCCGGUGCCGGUUGUUGAACGAUAUGGUACUCAUGACAGUCGGCAAGCCCGGGCAAUGUUAGAAUUUAAUGGACAAAGAAUGCAUCCCCAUCGUGUUGAAGGUACAGUUGAUGUUGUCUCAGCACAUGACGCGUCCGUUCUCAACCGGGGCAGCCCCAGUUUGGCCACCCGGGCCCACCCCGUUGCUCCACCACCCUUGCCCCCACCGGUUCCUCACAUGCCUUUGGCUGGCCGCCAGAACUCUACUGCUGGAAAGCGAACCAAUUCUGAGCGAGAGGAUGACGAGGGCCCGGGGUCCCACGGGGGCCUGCCUGAAGCUAAACGGCACAUGGUUGUUGAGGAUCAUGGUCGUCCACCCCUAACUAGAGGAGAGUCGCUUCCUGCUGCAGUAAUGGGGGUACCCUUUGAUGCCCGGUACAAAAAAGAACACAUGGUCGGCAGAGUAUUUUCAUUUGACCAAGCCAAUGCUAGCAUGAAAGCCGGUUUCAGUACAGUAAGUUCCGUUCCAACAUCUGUUACAAGUACAGUGUCACCACUUGGAAGUCGCACAGUGAGUCCACCAGAAGGUACAGUAGUAGCAGUACAAUCAAAUGGGCCUUCACCAAUGGCUGCUCUUAUGUCAGUAGCUGACAACCUACCUCCAGGUUCACCUAGGAAUGGUAUUGCUGAAAAUGCAGUGAAUGGUACCAGUCGACCUGGAUCUGCAGCUCGUCAUUCACCGAAUGGCAUUGCAGCAGUGGGAAAGAAAAGCACUCCAUCAGCUCGUCCCAGUUCUGGUGUCGCAGUGGAAGCAGAAAAUAAUACUCAGACAACCUCUAGUGGCACACCUGCAACUACAACUACUACAACUGCUGGUGAUGGAGUCACUGCUGCACCACCAUUGAAAUGCACCAUUUGCAAUGAGCGGCUGGAAGAUACGCAUUUCGUCCAAUGUCCUUCCGUACCAAACCACAAAUUUUGCUUUCCAUGUUCGAGGGAGAGUAUUAAAAGCCAAGGUGCUGCAAGUGGCAAUGAAGUGUACUGUCCCAGUGGUGAUAAAUGCCCCCUGGCUGGAUCUAGUGUACCUUGGGCAUUCAUGCAAGGGGAAAUAGCCACAAUUCUUGGUGAGGAGCAGCUGAAAAUCAAAAAAGAAAGGGAGACAUAAGCUCUUGUAGAAAAUGCUGUUGGAUAAAAUUUCCCUCUCUUGUUGACCAUGGUAGCCAUAUUCAUAGUGGCUCAUUUAUUGAGCCCACUUGCUGCCAUUAUUCUUGGUUGCAAUUCCUACACCCUGUUACGGCUGUUGUAGGUGGUGACACAGAUCCACUAUUGGGCUUUGAUAUGACCCAAUGGCUGAAGCAUUGGAAAAUUGGUUAUCUCGCCAUAACGGCAGUAACCUGGAAGUCUGUUGCUCAUUUCCUGCCGUUGACACAACAGCUUCAUUGUCUGUGUUUCAAAAUAGUCUCCAUCAAGAAAGACUGCUUGAAUGUAUAUUCCAUUGUACAGUAUUGUCUGCUAAUGAUACAUGCAUUGUUGAUGAAUUUUAGGUGUUAUGUGAUUUUCUGGUUAAUCUCAUAUUCACCUCAAGGAAAAAACAAAUUCAUUGGACUCUGUCAGAAUAGUAUGAUUUCAUUAUUUGAACUAGACUAGAAAUUUCCAGUUGCUUGAAUGUUACAAUGAUAGCCAUUUACUUAGAAAAAGUAAUGUGUUAACUUUUUGUGUGAAUUUGUGGAAUAUUUUUUCUUUAGUUUCAAUUUCACAUUUUACUUAGUCUUAAUGUGUCGUAUAACUGUGUAUUAUUCAUUUCCUAACUUUCUUCAAAUAUAGAAAUAUUCAAAUCAUGUUUUCUAGUUCCUUGUUACUAUUUUCACUAAGUAACAUAAUUUAAAAAUGGCCAUUUUUUUGUUAUUUUAAUAGAGCAUUUACUGAAACUAAUUUUUGUACUAAGCUGAAAAUUUAUUGUGAUGUUCUUGUUUGCACAUUGUUAUGUGAUCAGUGCUCAUCUUAAUAGUAGACAUAUAAUUGUAAUUAAAUGUACAAAAUUUUAAAUUUUUAGCUCCUUUGUCUGUGAAUCUUUCAAUUCUUUAUCUUUUUGAUCUCUGCACGUAUUUGUUAUCUAUGAAACCUUUUGAAAUAUCUUUAAUGUGUGUGUAGCAGAAAAAGAAAUGUGCAUGUGUAUUUGAGUUGAAUCGUACGCAAGAGCUUUAUUCUCCAUGGAGAAUGCAUUUUUUUGUGAUUUCUUAAUACAAUCCUUUAUGCUGGAAAUGUGCUUUUGAAUAUGUAGUGAGAGUAAUGCCAGUUAUUUCUAAAGAGACUGUGAGAACUCUUUGUUUGAAUUGAAUUUAGGGAUCAACAGAGACUUGGAUUUUAGGCAUAUGAAAUUUUUGAGUGAUUUUAUUUUGCUGGUUCUGCACUGUAUGGCAGACAGCUCAGUGGCUGGAAGAAGAAAAUUUUGUUAUUGCUAGUCACUGCUUUCAGUGUGAAUAUAAUUCGUAACACAUUAUUGUACCAUAACCUUUCAUAUUGCUCACUAUCAUUAGCUGUAUCAUCUGCUUUUGCUUGCUUUUUGAAUUGUAAAUAAAGAAGCUGUAAAAAAAA